UCAGAUAAUCCAACGAACACCAAAUUCGCAACCCACAUAUUGGAAGACGAGUCAGUGAGUCAUGCAGAAAAGCAGUCACAUUCAGCCCACAGCCCUACAGCCACGAACGCUGUCAAACUUGUGAGAACUUUCACCAACUUUGCAAAACUUGCUUUCAGUGGACAUCAGGCAUAAACAAGACGGUCUUCCACAAGACAACUUGUGUCUGUCUGUGCUGUUGGACAACAAACUUACAAUUCAGUCAUGACGAAUGCGACACAAGCGCAUUCACUGGAAGUAUCUUCCUACAUCUCCCACAGAGAUGUAGACAACGCUACACGUCCUCCAGUAUGGAUAUCACCUAAUGACACCUUCAGCAACCUCACAGUCACCACGGAGGACCACAUGGGCGUUGUGGUUCUUGACAUCUUUGAAUCGAUGGAUGCUGCUGUGUUGGGAGUCUCGGUUGUAGCUGUCGUCGUGGUGAUUUUGCUGCUGAUGAUAGUGGUUCUCCGGUACAUGGCCCAUCAGAAAGGCACCUACCACACUCAUGAACAAGCCUUAACAUUUGAAGGUGACCCCGAUGUGCAGAUAGUCCAGGAUAUCCAAGACUUCCAGGAGGAUUCGGAAGAAGAUUAAUUUCUGAAGUUUUCCAGCUGUGACUUCAGUUCAGAUUUUGAAAAAAAAUAGACCUGAAACUUAUUGUUAAAUAUAUGAAUACACUUAAUAUAUUUAAUUUGUUUUAAUCUAAAAAUUGUUAUAAAAAAUAUAUUAAGAUGUUUGACAAUUAUAUAUACAAAUAAUAUAUUAGUUAAACAAAUUAAAAAAAUCCAUAAAGAAUGCAUUGAAUUUUUUUCAUGAGCUUAUUGGAUGGGAUAAAGAUGUCGUUCAAUGAUGGGAAGGGUGAGGCCUAAAAAUAAAAAAGCUUGGUGACAGCAGAAAAAAAGUAGUGUCAGAGGGUGGAACAAGUUAUGAUGAAAGAUUACAUUGACAAACAUAUUUGUAACACAUUUAAGUUUACUAUAUUUACCAACCUCCAUUUGUCCUUUCCCCAUAUUUUCUGUUAUUAAAGGAAAAAGUGGAACUGUACAGAAUCUGUGUGCGUCAAGUUAUCAAAGACGUCCAUAUCACUGCUUCACAGCGAUGUUGCUGUUGAAAACGUGUUUUACAGAGGAAUCAUAGUAUCUUCUUUCAGCACGUCUGUCGGGACGUUUCUUGUGUGAAGUGCAUCAUUGUGCGAGACAGAAGGAUCUGUCAUGCCUCCCCUUGCUUUUCACUCUCAUAUAACAUCCACAUCUCCAGAUGUCCUUUUCUUUCUGACAGCUUCAUCCUCAGCCAUUCCAAAAAAGUAAACACAUUUCCAUGUAGAGUGGUCUCGAGUCUUACAUUUUUUACUUCACUAUGUGCCUUACAUUCAUCUUUGUUAGUACACAAGUACUCUUGUGAGUCAUUUUUGGGUGUCUAUUUCGAAGAGCCAUUUUGUUGAUUUUGUCAAUUCUACAAAAUGUCGAAUGUGUAUUUUUAAAAUGUGCAGAGUCAACAUUGUAUAUAAGAUAAAAAAGUUUCUGUUUUGUGUUACUUUUAGAAGCAAUCUGAUGUACUUUUGCUGUAGACAAAGAAGCGAAAGUGAAUGAUAAAAUAAACGUUUUCCUUCCACA